GAUUAGCAGAGUGACGAAAGGGAUGCUCGGUAUAUCUCGAAAGAUCUUUAGACCACAAUUCAUCAAUCUCUCGAGUUCUAUCUACAUCUUCCGGUACACUCUAUUCCCGGCGUCAACUUGACUACUAUGUUGCAUUGUGAAGUAUUUAUCUUCGGCCUCUGUCGCUUGUGCCCAUCCUCUUCAAUGUUGGUACAGUGACAAGCACUGGAUUUGCUAUCCCCGCACAUGAUGCCAUCUACAGAGACGCGAUAUCAGCCACCGCCUGGGCCUCCUCCCCAUCGCCCUGAAUUCAGCCCCGCGGCUUCAGCACCGCCCCCGCCAGGUCCGCCCAGCAGCACUUACUAUCCACCUACCUCGGCCUAUCCGGUUGGGGCCGCACCGCCACAUACGAUGCAAUACUCGGCUCCGAUGCCGCCGCAACAAACUCCCCUAGCCGCGCAGAAGCAGUCACAAACUUCUGGCGAGGAAGAAUGUUGUGCAGGAUUACUUUCGGCGUUUGCGUGCUGUUGCUGCCUGGACUUGCUGCUUUGAUUGCCGACGAAGUAGCAAAGCAAGCCCUGGUAUAUUGGCACUAAUGCCACAAUGUAUCGGGUCUUUCCUGUGACCUCUGAUCUGGGUUGACUAUUUGAAUCCUGCAGCAUGCGAGGGAGUUUCUCGAUCAAAAGGCUGUUGUUAUAAGGCUAUGAGUUCUUGAAUCAAUUUGACGAUUCAUCCACUGGCCGGAUGGUGUAGUUGGUUAUCACGUAUCGUUAACACCGAUAAGGUCCUGGGAUCGAGCCCCAGUCUGGUCAUUCUUUUUUCAACCCAUCUCCUGAAAUACAGGCAGAGAAUUGAGCAGUGCAUUUCCACCUCAUUUUUUUGCGAGCUAAUUGUUAAUUUCAUAUCGCUCAUUUGGUGGGCCAAGCCGGGCAACCAACUUAUGCUAAUUUGAACCAUAUGAGCUAUCAGUAUCAAAUACUAAUUUUCAUAACGGGAGUUGGUACCAUUGGAUGCGUCAUGUACGAG